AAAUUCUACCCGCGCAGUUAUAUUUCGCGCCACAGUGAAAGUGACACGUGACAGUAAAGAGUGCUUGCGCCUGCGCUAGCUACGUCAACAUUUCAUGUAUGAUUUGUAUCUGAAUUAAAAUUUGUUUGUCGUUAGUUAACAAAUUGAUAUUAUUUACAAUGAGUUCGUGGAUACAAUAUAUUAAAUCCAUUCCAACGCAUAUGGACUAUGAUGGGCAAGCUAGAGCAGAAAAGUUAUCAAGAGUUAUUAUAACAUUAUUUGGGGUUGUUGGAUUAAUAUGGGGAUAUGUUAUUCAGCAAUUUUCUCAAACAUUUUACAUACUUGGAGCUGGAUUCGUAUUAGCCGUCCUAAUCACUGUACCCCCAUGGCCCAUGUAUCGUCGUAAACCUUUGGAGUGGCAAAAACCUCAGGCUGAAGUCACGCUUAAACAAAAGAAAAAGAAAUAGGUGGCUGCUGUUUAUGAUUACUGAUAUUUUUUAAACUGUUAACUCAUUAAAGGAGUACAUUGUGUUAAUUUGGUAUUAAAAAUCAUAUGUUUAUGACAGAACUUAGAAACCUAUUUAUUGUAACAAAAAUAGAGUGAGCUAUUUGUAAUGAUUGCUGAUACAUUAAUUUAAAAAUUAUUAUCAAUAAUAGUAAA